GUUUUUGUUAUUGUUGUGAAGGGGUUUGUGGGACAAGCUCAUCUCGGCGAAUGUCAGUGUAUAUUACACUUGUCAUCAGUCUUAUCGAUUUGUUUUCUUCUUUAUAACCGAACAUAUUUUCUCUGUCGGAAAUUAUUCUGAUCAUCUAACCUAAAUCGGCUGCCAUGGAGAAGACCUGGGGGGUCGAGUUCAGAAAUGUGGGAAGUUGCUAUUUCCCUCAGAGCAGAGUGGACUGUCACUACACAAUCAACCAGCAUCACACAUGGGCAAGUAAUGACUGGGUUGGACUUUUUAAGGUUGGCUGGUCAUCGGUCAGAGACUACCAUACGUUUGUGUGGGCAGUGGCUCCAUCCAGCUACAAAGAGGGGACUUCUUUCAACUGCUGUGUUAAUUUCCAAGCUUCUUAUCUACCAGGGCCCAGUGCUCAGCAGUACCAGUUUGUGUAUGUGGAUGGAAAGGGAGAUGUUUGUUCUGUCAGCACUGACUUUACCUUCUCGGCCCCGAAGCCUUUGGAAGAGCUGGUGACCCUGGAAGAGGAGGGUCAGGGAGAGGAAGUGGGAGAGGACAUGUUGCUGGUUAUCCCGAGAGCCCAACUUCUGCAGAGGCACCUGCAGGACUGUCUGAAGGAACGUGCUGAGCUCCUCCAGGCUCUGGAAGCAGCGGACCAGAACAUGGUGAGAGAGAGAGACAGGAAAGAGAGAGAUACAAGCUACUGGGAGCAGAGCCACAGGGAAAUGGAGCGAAAGAUCAGCGAUCUGAAGGAGGAAGUGAGGGAAUAUAAAGAGAAAGUGGAGGAAAUGAAGAAAAAGCAGAAGGAAGUGGAGGACAUAAGUGAAGACCUGGCAGAGGAGAAGAGGGCCAUCCAGGCUCAAAAAGAAGCGAAUGAUCAAAGAAUCAGAGAGCUAGAAGAGGAUAUUAUAGUUCUGACACAAAGAGGCCUGGAGAGAGAGACUGACCUAGAAAGGAUGAGGGAACGAGCCAAGAAAGCUGCACUUCAGAAGAAGGAAGAUGAGGAUGAGCAGAACAACCUGAAGUUUAAGAUGGAGCAGACGGAGAAAGAACUGCACAGUUUGUCCUCAGAGUUUCAGAGUCUGAGAAGCUCACUGGCACAGAGAGAUACACACGCCCUACAGCUUAGAGACACCAUCACAACCCUCACACACAAACUCAACAGUGCGCACAGGAAGGAGGCAGCCAGUGAAGUGGCCUUGGGGGAGCUCCGGAGCUUUCAGGAGCGUCUGAACAUGAGCGAACGCUUUGUAGAAUCUCUGAGGGGUGAGCUGAGAGACAUGGUCGCUCAGAGGGACACAGCGCACGCCGAGCUCCAUCAGGCACGUCUGCAGGCCGCACAACUCACCCUUCAGCUGGCAGAUGUCAGCCUGGCUUUAAGAGAGGGCAGAGCCAGCUGGGCACAAGAGAGAGAGAACCUACAGAAGAACACUGAGAUGGAUAAAGCUCGUCUUGAUCGACUGAUUGAUGAGAUCCAGCAGAAGGAGGAGAUGUUGCAGGAGGCGAAGAUGGAGAAAGAAAGAGCAGUGGUGGAGCUGGGGCGAGAGAAAGACUGCAAUCGGGUUCAGCUGAGCGAGACUCGUCGUGAGCUACAGGAGCUGAAGGCCAGUCUCAGGGUGGCUCAGAAAGAGAAAGAACAGCUCCAGACAGAAAUACAGGAAGUGAUGGAGUACAGCCGUCAGCUGGAAAGAAGACUAGAGGUGCUGAGUGAUUCUAAAUGGAGUGAGACAGGCCUGCUGCAGAACAGCCGUGCAGAAAGUCCCCUGCUGUCUGAUUCUGAGGAUGAGAACCCAGAGGCCUUGCAGGACGCACACUCGUCUGGCCCUUUGAACCACUACAGUCUGUGUGACCAGCCCCAACCUGACCUGCUGCUUCCUGCCACCCCACCACCUUCUCCCAGACACCCCUGCGGUUUGGACAUGGUGGUCAUCAGCCAACCUGCCCCCCUCUCUUCUCCACACCAGCCAAGUGCUUACACACACCCCCACAGCUCAGAGUCGGAGGAAGAGAACGAUGCUGCCGUGUCAGGAGGGCACAGCUACGGAGAAGAGACGGCCCUUCUCCUGCCUGACAACAUCGAUGCUACCCUCGGAGAUCUGGUGGAGAGCCCCAUGUGGUGAGGAGAGGGACUGCAGGAGUGCACAUUGUGGACGGCUUUGCUCCAUCCUCAACAUGUUAUGAGUUUUGUAAUUAGAAGCAUUUGCGCUUUAUAUCAUAUGACAUGAGUAUUUAAAUAUGCAGUUUGCUUUGUCCUUUAUAUGCACUUAGAAUAUGCACAAGCUAUUCCUCUCACAUGAUUUUACUACAACAUGCACGGAUGUGUUAUUUUAGAUAAAUCAACUGACAAGCAGAGGAAGCGUCUGUAUUGGGCAGAUGAAAAGAGAAAGUAAUGUGUGUGUAUGAUAGGGCUUUUUUAAUCUCGCUUCUCAAGAUUUACCAGAGUUUGCUCAUAAGGCUCAUACUGAUAUCUGUAAGUGCAUCAGCAAUAAUUCAAAGCACAAUGUCAUUCAGAUCUUAUCAGGUUUUUAAGGUAUAGUUCACCAUAAAAGAAAAAUGCAGUCAUCAUCAUGUUAUUUAAAACCUUCAAUUGAAAUUUAAGUCAGGUGUUCAUUUAAACUUUUAUGUGUUUCAUGUGUGCAAUUCACCUAUUUCACAAUAUGGCGACAGAGACCAGAAGAAGGGAGAAAUAUUUUCCUGUCGCACUGCUGCCAUUCAUUAAUUCAGCUUGUUGUACAUGUACAUUGUUCACCGGUUUGUACAUGUCAUGCUGUGAAAUAGAGAAUUAAGAGACCAUUUAAAAAUCAUUUUUAGUUUUUCUAAAUUUACUAUUAUGCCUUUAGGUAAAAUUAUCAUUUUUGUGAUCAUUACUAUGUUUGUGAUCAUUACUCAUAACUCGUAACAAUAGUUCUCUCAUAUUUCAAAUAAAAAUAUUGUUUCAAUUUGCAUUUAUUUACAGAAAAUGAAAACGGGUCAAAAUAACAGAAAAGAUGCUCUGUUUUUUCAGACCUUAAAUACUGCAAGUUCAUGUUCACUUUUAAGCAGUACAACAUUAAUAUUUGUACAUGUAUUUAGGAGGAAAAUAAUUAAAUGAUAACCCCAAUUUCUAUCACAGUUUUCAUGUGUUUUUUCAUGCUGUCAGUCUUUCAUAUUGCUGUUGGAUGACUUUGUCACUCCUGAGGUUUGAUUUUGUUGAAAUUCAACACACACUGGACUGGAAUGACCACAAUACAUCUAGAAAUGCUUAUUAAGUAAAAAAAUAGAAUGGUCUCUUAAUUUUUAGAAGACUUAAAAUAUAGUGCAUGUUAUAGUCUACUUUUUAAUGUCUCAUUUCUACAAUCGUAUUCUUUCAUCAAAUGAAGAAAAAAGGAAAUGAAGACAACAUUUUUAUUUUUGGGUGAACUAUCCUUUUAAACGCAAGAUUUAGUGUGAGUGCUUUUUAUUUUAUAGUUCCUGUGCUAGAAGUAUUUUAAACUGUUGUUACAACGUCGUGAGAGUUCACAGAUAUUCUCAACAUGUGCAAUGGGAAAACCAACUAAUCAGUGAUUGAUCAUCAUGUUUAGAUGUAUAAGGGGCACUUUUGAUUCCUUCAGGGAGGUUCACGAUGAUCUUAAUGUCACAACGUUGAAAAUACGAAAGCUUUUAUCAGGUGGAGGAACCCCACCAUACCAAUGACCACAAAGAGUGGAUACUGACAAUUUUAUUUAAUCUUUGCUUUUAUAUUGAGUGCUCAGUGUAUUUUUUUCUUUGUGCAUUACACUGUUUGACAUGACAGAGAAAUCAUGUUCGAAAUGUACUAUAAAUUAGCACAUUUGAAAACGUUUUUACAAUCCAGUAAAAAGGUCCUUUUAUUUGUAACAUGGAUUUGUCCUGUAAAUUAAACGCUUUAAAAAUGUGCCACAUCAUAACCAAGGUUGAUAUUUAGGAACUCAUGUAUUAUAAUGUCUUUAUGUGGUUUCACAAGGAUCACAUGACCUUCUGUGACUGCGUUUAAUUAUAGUCAAAAUUAUUACCUGAGAACAAAUGAUAGUUUCAGGACGACCUGAUUAUAUUUAAACUACAUUCAUAAGGAGAAUAUUUUAAUGCAUACAUUAGGAAGUACAAAUAAUGAAAAUGUAUCAUAAAAAAAAAAUGAUUUUUUUAUCAAUGUUAAAACAUUUCCCAGUUGUACGCACAUAUCGUUUUUUAUUGUUGUAAGCUUAAAUCUAUGUCAAGUUUGAAUAGUUUGUGUGUUAUGUUAUUUGCUUUUUAUACAACAUUUCAUCAUUUGUAUCAAUUUUAAUCAUCUGUAUUGAUGUCAACAUUGGUACACCUCGAUGAAACAGAAUUUUGUUGUCAUUAACUACUCUACUGUACUAAAUGCUUUUAUAUUAUAUGCUUGACUAGGUUUUUCUUCACAGGUUUUAAAUUGUAAUCUAGUGCAUCGAGAAAUCACCAGUUCUGCAAGAUCUCUGACCCAGUAGACACUGCACGAACUUUGACAGCCUUACCACAAUUACCAGAAACCUAUAUGAAUAUAUUAAGAUUAAUCAUAUUUAGUGAGUAAAGUACAUUUUCUUCUGUUGUGGUGGAAUGUCUUUAAAAACACUGGUCAUUUGAGGGCGAGUUUUGCAAGCUUCGAAUUUGAUUAGAUGUUUGCGUUUGUUUGUGCCCUUAUUCUUACAUUUACUGACCUAACAUCUUUUUUAGGUUGAGUGGUUUUGUUGAGGGUGUGGGAUGGGUUUCAGUAAUAAAAUAAUUCAUGUAACAUU